AGCCGGGGCACCUAGAAUGUGAAAAAAUGGGUGGUAUAGUUGGGAGAGUGCAGGCAUGGAGAGACGCGAAACGGCGACGAGAUGACAGCUGAUUCCGCCGCGACUCAUCGUAGGACUGUGGUGUCCCUCUCGCCUGCAUGCUUUUACGAUCAAUAAGAGCUUAUACCCACAGUUAAUGGCUGGUUUGAAGCGGUGGUGUGUGUAGCUAAAGUGUGGCGAGGACUUUUCUAGUGCCAACACAUCAUUGCUGUUUUAAAAAAAGUCGUCUAGCUUCUACUUUCCUGGACCUUACAAGUUUCCCGCUGGACUUUAAUCACCCUAACAGGUUAUGAGUGAUGGAAGCAGGGUCGGUGGUGCGUGCCGUGUUUGAGUUCCUCCCCAGCGUCUCUGAGGAGCUGCCCCUCUUCGCCGGCGAGGUCAUCGAGGUGCUCAGUGUGGUGGAUGAGUUCUGGUUGCUUGGUAGCAAAGAUGGCGUCACAGGUCAGUUUCCCAGCACCUUUGUGGAAGAGGUUACCAUUCCCAGCACCAAGCCUGGAGACAGACUAUAUGUGUGCAUCAAUGAUUUCGGCGCCACAGAGACAGGAAGUCUUACCCUGAAGAGAGGCGAUGUCGUUGUCGGAGACACAGGAGAGUCCAUGGACCUUGGGGAAACCUGGCUUCGUGGCUGUAAUGCUUGGGGGACCCGUGGUGUCUUCCCUACAUCCUGUGUGAAGGAGCUCAACCUUUCUUGCCGCUCCAGGCAACUAUCUGAGCGCUCAGCCCAGGCUCAGGCUUCCGACCUUCCACUGUAUGCCCUCGGCCAGGCCCGGGCUCUCAUGAGCCUCCAUGCACAGCUUAACGAGGAGCUAGACUUCCGCGAGGGGGACUUGAUUAUCAUUACAGGGCUGCCCGAGCCUGGCUGGUUUGAGGGGGAGCUGGAGGGACGCAGUGGGAUCUUCCCGGAAGGGUUCGUGGAGCUCCUGGGUCCUCUUCGAUCGCCCCAGGAGCCUGAGGGCUACCAGUAUUUAAGCAAUGAUGAGGAAGAGGAAGCCAUUGAAGAAGGACGGGGAGAGGAGCUGAAAGAAGACAAUGAAGAGGUGGAAGGUGCUGUCUAUGGAGUGGCACUAUAUGAAUUUCGUGCCAUGGAGCCCGGUGAACUGGACUUUGACGUGGGCGACCGUAUACGUGUUGUCAACACCUUGGACGAUGGCUGGCUGGAGGGGUUGCUGAGAGGGCGGCGUGGGAUAUUUCCUCAUCGGUUUGUUAAACUAGACCAACAGAAAAUGGCAGAGGACACAAAUACCUUUCAAAUAGAGGAGGAGAAAGAGAACACUUUUGAAUAUAGCUCAGAUCCUUCUAUGAAUGACUCUGGGUUGAUAUCCUAUGAAGAUCAUACCAUAUGGGACCUGGACUACUUUGAGAGAAGUGAGGAGCAGAGAUGGCGAAGUGAAAGCAAGAAAGCUCAAAGCAAUUCUAACUCACAGACUUAUUCACAAACAGCCAAUCAAAGACCAGAAAGACCCAAAUCUAUUCCGCCAGCAAGGCCGAGAAUCCCACCCCCUCGACCAAGCCUACCUGCACGAAGCCAAAACCGCCACAAUGGUCCUUUUAACACAAAUAAGAAGAACUACACAAAUGGUCGCACACGGCCUUUGCCACAUAAAUUAACUCAUAGCCUAACGCUUCCUAGCAGGCAGCCUGGUUGGUCCAAAGACAGCAGGAACUCUCACAGACAGCCAGUGGAUGGCGCCACCGCUGUUAACAAAAGUGCAACUCUUGGGCAAAUCUUGACAAGCCUCGUUGAGAGUAGGGAGAAGAAGAUGACAAGAGAGGCCACUCGGCCGCAGAGAGCCCUGGCCUCCAAUGGCGUCCAGCCAUCAUCCAUCGCCUUGGAGGCCCUGCUGACGUCUGCCGGCGACUUGGAAGCCAAACUCUCCCAGCAGAUGUUCGAAUUUGAGAAAAGCUUGACGUCCGGUGCUUCGAGACACUUCUCAAUUUUGGACUAUGCCAAUGAGAGCGACAUCAUGCGGGGCUCCUCGCGUUCCCCGGCGUCCACCUCUGCGUCCUCCUCGUUAGAGAGACACAGGACCCUUCGCCCUCCUCCGCCUCGACCCCAAGUCAUUCGUCCCCAAGCUCCGCCUGCCAGCAGACCGGCCCGCCCUGCUCCACGUCCACCUCCCCGGUCCCCGAGACUGACUUCUGCUCCUCCACCCACCAACUCCCUCACCAACCCCAUCUUCUUUGAGCCACCUUUAAACCUCUUUGACCAAAUAACAGACUCAAAAGCAGCUGACUUUAGUGACCUCGCAGAUGCCCAUGAACGUGACCUCCACCUCCAGUUAGAAACCGAGAAAGAUCUGGAGAGAGAGAUGGAGCUGGAGAGUCAAAGGCAAAGAGAGCAGGAGGACAAUUACCAGCUGUUGUUUCGGCUACAGGAAGUGGAGAACGACAUGGAGGUGUAUGCGCACACUGCCGAGGACCUCAGGGCCAUGCUGGAGGAGGAAGAGGAUGAGACAGCCCGAAUGCAGGUCAUGGAGAACCUAGAGUUCUGCACCUACACGCUGGAGACGCUGGCCUUGGAGCAGCAGCAGUUGCAAGAGAUGACACAGCUGUCGUCACAGCCCAAAUCCACAGAGCCCACCUCGGGUAACGCCACAAUGGCCACCGCCAGCACAGAGGACCCUGAGCUGAGGAUGCUGGAGAAGAGGUCUAAGGUCAUCGAGGAGUUGCUGCAGACGGAGAAGGACUACAUCAAGGACCUGCAGAUGUGCGUGGUGGAGAUAAUUGAGCCUCUGCAGAAGAAGCAGGUGAAGAACGUAGACUUUGAUGGCCUUUUUGGCAACAUCAAUUCUGUGAUUGACCUGUCGCAGCGCCUGUUUGAAACACUGGAGGAAAGCGACUCUAUUGGCAAGGUCUUUCUGGGCUUCAAAACGGAGCUUGAGGGGGUCUACAACAUCUACUGCCAGAACCACGACGAUGCCAUCUCGCUGCUGGAGAGCUACGAGAAAGAUGAAAACAUCCAGCGGCAUGUGUUGGAGUGUCUCGAGAGGCUCAGGGCCAUAUAUCGAGAGUGGGGCAAAACAAAUUACAUCAACCUGGGUUCUUUCCUCAUCAAGCCGGUGCAGCGGGUCAUGCGCUACCCGCUGCUGCUGAUGGAGCUGCUGGGGGCCACGCCAGAGAGCCACCACGACCGGCCUCAACUGACUCUGGCCCUGCAGGCCGUCAAGGAGAUCAACGUGAACAUCAACGAGUACAAGCGCAGGAAAGAUCUCGUGGUGAAGUACAGAAAAGGUGACGAGGACACAUUCAUUGACAAGAUCUCUAAGUUGAGCAUGCACUCCAUCAUCAAGAAGUCCAAUCGUGUCAGCAGCCACCUCAAGCACCUGACAGGAAUUUCCCCACAGAUUAAGGACGGGGCGUUCGAUGAGGCUGAAAAGAGGUUCCGGCUGCAAGAGAGACUCAUCAAAUCAUUCAUUCGGGAUAUUUCCUUGUACCUGCAACAUAUCAGGGAAUCGGCCUCCGUCAAAGUGCUGGCAGCCAUCAGCUUCUGUGACAUCUACACAGAGCGUAGCAUCCCCGACCCCGAGCGCUUCCAGAGAGCUCAUCGCUGCAUCAGCGACAAACAGUUCACCGAAUUUAAGGAGCGCACUGAUUCAUUGGUCAUCAACCCGCUCACCCAGUUGCUCCUCAUGUUCGCCGGGCCCCACAAACUCAUCCAGAAGCGCUUCGACAAGCUGCUAGACUAUGACAACUGCAAGGAACGUGCCGACCGCCUCAAGGACCGACGGGUUCAGGACGAGCUGCAGGUGGCGCGCAGCAACUACGAGGCGCUCAACGCCCAACUUCUGGACGAGCUACCCAAGUUCCACAUCGCCGCAGAGGAGUUGUUCACCGGUUGCGUGAAGGCCUUCGCUCAGGCCCAGAAGGACUUCAUGAAGACUACUCUCGGGGAGCUGAAGCCUCUCCUUCAAGUCUUUUCCCGCAAAGCCGGCACUGAGGGCAACUUGGUCGCGCAGUUCCAGGAAGAGUACGGUCGUGUGCUACAACUCCUGCAGAGUUUCAGCUUCUGCCCUGAAAACCUGCCCCCAACCGCCACCACCACCACCGCCAAAAAGCCCUUUGAGAAGAAAACCCUGGAGAAGCAGAGCUCAAAGAAGCAACUCCAAGGACCUCCCAACUACAUCUUGCAGACCGAUGAACACCGUGCCGGGCUGAUGGCUCGCUUCAGCCACGAGAAACUCUUCCAGGCCGAGAGAAACUUCAAUGCAGCCCAGGAUCUGGAUGUGUCCAUCCUGGAGGGGGACCUUGUGGGCGUGAUCAAGCAGCAAGACCCCAUGGGGAGCCACAAUCGCUGGUUGAUCGACAACGGAGUCACUAAGGGCUUCGUGUACAGCUCCUUCCUCAAAGCCUACAACCCGCGUAGAAGCCAUUCGGACGUGUCCAUCGAAAGCCAGUCAUCCAACGAGUCGGGCUACGGCGGCUCCUCGCCCGUCUUCUCACGACAGAACAGCAACAGCACGCUGACCUUUAACCAGGAGACAGCGGCCGUCAGCUUCUCCACGAUGCAGCCCCAGAGCCAUUCGUCGCCACACCCGUCGCUGGAUUCCACGCCUUCCCGAGUGCCUCACGCUGACUCUGUGAACUCCUCGCCGCGAAAUCCCUCGCACCGUCACAGAAACCCAGAGCCUCCCUACCAGCGCUCGGCCCGCCACGGGGACUCAAAUGACAUCAGUCACGCCAGUACGAGCGAACAGUUGGAGACGGACUCUUAUUCCUCACACAGAAACAGCCGCUUGCAGCGACACGUCGACCAAGACGACAACUCAUACCAGUGGAGGAAUGGCAAGAAGUCCUACUCUCAAGACGACUGUAGCGAGCCCGAAUCGGAGCAGGACAGCGAUUUAGACGGACAUCAGAUCUACUUUGCCCUCUACUCCUUCAGCGCUCGCUGCGCUAAUGAACUGAGCAUUUCGGCCAACCAGCGGCUGCGCAUACUGGAGUUCCAGGACAUGAACGGUAACGGCGAAUGGUGGCUGGGCGAGGCGGAAGGCAGGAGAGGCUACGUGCCUUCGAACUACAUUCGGAAAUCGGAGUACACUUGAGCGGUGUGAAUCCCAUACUGCCACCCUUGAGGUGACGAGCACAUGGAACAAACCUUUUGCUCAUCGAGUGCGUUUUAUGCCACAAUUAUAGAUUCUGUUUACAUUGUUUUUACUUGGACCAGUCCUGUGUUUCUAUUGAAACCCAGUGAAGCAAAAAGGACAAUGAAUUGAGUAUGAAGUGUGAGGCGGGCAGGCACUUAGUUGUUUGAGGUGUGAAUGAGAUGGAUGAAUUCAAAUCAGAUUGAUUGCUUGAUAGUGCUUGCUUGAUGACACUCCUUUACUUUUAUUUUGAUAGUGGCCUACAUAUAUAUACACACACAUAUAUAUAGAUAUAUGUAUAUAUAUCUGUAUAUAUACAUAUAAAUAUAUAUAUGUGCGUGUGUUGUUUUUUUAACCUGGAGUGACACUGUGAAAUGAAAACCUGGGAAAAACAAGGCAAACCUGCAGGUACUGUACAUACUGUAUGUAAUGCUGUAUAUGGAAUAUUUGCUAUGGCGCCCAUUGUACAGUCAUCACGUUUGAUUAAAACUACAGCACAGCUGAUGAGAAAUACUUUUUUUUCCAU